AUGUCUUCGCUUCGUAAUGCGAUCCCACAACGUAACCAUAAAGAGCGAGCUCAACCACGCUCUAGAGCAAAAUAUGGACUGCUCGAAAAACAUAAAGAUUAUGUGCUUCGAGCAAGAGAUUAUCAUUCUAAACAAGGAAGAUUAAAGAAAAUGCGAGAAAAUGCAUAUUUUAGAAAUCCAGAUGAAUUUUAUUUUAAAAUGAUUAAUAGUAAAACAAAGGAAGGUGUACAUGUAGUAGAACGUAAUUCGGUGUUUUCGGGAGAUGUUAUGAAAAUUUUGAAAUCCCAAGAUUUGAAUUAUGUGAAAAUUCAACAUGAUCAGGGGGAAAAAAAAAUCGAAAAAUUAAGAAAUGAAUUACAUUUUAUUGAUCAUACAAUUGCAAUUCAAGAUAAAAUUGGAGUUGAGAAUGAAACAAGAGAAAAAAAAUACAAAUCUUCACGAUCACAUCAUACUAUAUUUGUUGAAACAAAAGAAGCAGCAAAAAAAUUCGAUGCUGCUAAGUAUUUUGAUACAUUGCCUGAAUUAAUCAAUCGAAAGUUUAAUAGACCGCGAAUUGAAACAUUAGAGAAAGAAGUUAUUACGGCGGCUGACGACGAAAGGUUACUCCAAAAAUUACAUAAACAACGCAUAUCUAAACAUAAGGAACUUAAAGUUCGGUUGGAAAGACAAAACCAAUUGAAAAAAGUUGAACAAGAAUUAAAAACACAAAAAAAUUUAAUGGGUAAAGGUCGUCGAAAGAAAGUUGGUGUUGACAAUAAUGGAUUGCCAAUAUAUAAAUGGAAAAAUGAACGAAAAAAAUAA